CUUUGGUCUGGGCUGGUUCCUGAGGAGAAGUACUACGCAGCCAGAAAACCCCUUCACCAGUUGAAAUCCAAAUCAAGGGGAGUGAUGCAUGCUUGAAACGCCAAGUUGGGAUGCUGUAUAAUCUUCUGCUCCCUGCCCCUGAGGACCUUGUGCCAGGGACACAGGCAAAGGUAAAGUGGUCUUAGAAGAUACAGAUAAGACCAGAGUGGCUUGACUUGCUUGCACUGCAGGGGAGGUUACUAGAAGAGGUGGUAAUCAGUAACUCUGCAAGUAAUUGGUACGUGUAUUCCAGAAAUUACAAUAUACAAAUCCUGAUUUUCAUUGUGAAGGGAACACACUGUGUUGCUUUGGUAGGUCAGAACAACCCCAGUUCUGGUGCCUGACAUAACCACCUAACCAUCAAUAUUGGGCUGAAAAAUGAAGUAUAAAUGACUUCAGCAUGUCCCUGUUCUGGCAGAAAUACUGGCCCAGGACUGUAAUAUAGCACAUAUUUUACCUUGGAGGAUGGAUUUUGCUUGUUCUGGUACUGGUUAAGUAGUUGUUUUACUCUCCCUGAGAUCUAUGACCUGUAAGACCAUCGGGAGGAACAACGUCACUCAACUCUGAUGUGCUCUAAUGUCAUUGAGGAGUCCUAGUAAUGUUCUCUUCAGUAGCACCUGGUAGUGGACUUUAUUGAAGAAAAGAACAACCUGGACAUCUGGGAAAAAUCGCACAACAUCUAUGAUUCUGCAAUAACUACAAACCUUGUGUGUGUGAUCCUGCAACAACUAUGAAGCCUGCUUGCACAAGUGAAUCUUUUCACUGACUUAUGCCCAUUCCAGAUGGGAAUUACUGACUGUAUGACUUGUGAUCCCAAUGCACGAGCUUAUCUCCAAAUGCACCUGUAGGGGAACUGUUCGGUCAUGGCCUGAGCUGAUGAUUGAGCACCUGGUGAAGGGGUGUGUCUGGCCCAGGGAGCACAGCUGCAGACAAUUUACCUGUGCUUCCCACAUGACUGCAAGGGGUGUAUUGUGGGUCCACUUCCCUGGGCUCAUUUAAGAGCUAGCCUCUGCAGGGAGAACCUCUCCUAAACAACAGCUGCUUCCUUGAAAGGAGUGUUCUGCACCCAGAGAUCCUCAUCACCAGCUGGCUUGUAAACAACGGACAAUUACCACUUGGUUGGAGAAUAAAGGACCCAAGACAACUGAGUCCCGAAGCCUUCAAAGCAAAAUUAAUAACAAUACUGAAGAAAAUACCAAGAUGACUUCUGUUAAAAAAGAAAACGUUUGUGAGCAUGAUGUAAAACAGCUAGAGAGUAUUUGCCAGCAAAAUUAUCCAGAAGUAUCUGGGGAAGUUGGCACAAAGCAUGUAAAUUUGCCUCAGACAGGCAGCAUAUGUAACUGGGAGGCUGAGGGCAGAGAUCUGGUCUCAGACAGAGUGCCUGUGAAGGCAGAACAGACUGGAGAGGCCUUUAAAAAUGCCAACAUCGAUCAGAUGCACAGAACUGGCAAGGAGGCUCAGAGAGGCUGCGAGGAAAGUGGUGACAUUUGGACUCAGAGGAAACGGUUGUCUGGCCAGUCUUUGAAAAUGGGAAAUACAAAACUUUCUUCGAAAGAUGCUGAGACGGAUGGGCAGGUGGUUUUGUGCAGCUCACAGAAGCUGAAGAGCUGCGAUUCUGUUGAUACAGGUGAACAAGAAGAAGGGGAUGUCGUUCCAGAAAGCCCACUUUCAGAUACUGGCUGCGAUGCUUGUGUAUCCCGUGUUGGAGGUCCUGAGAAACUGAGCAAAUGUCGAAGUAGUUCAGGGGAUUCACCUGCUUUUGAGAAAGAAAGUGAACCAGAAUCACCCAUGGAUGUGGACAAUUCCAAAAAUAGCUGUCAUGGGUCGGAGGCUGAUGACGAAACGAGUCCACUUCUUGAUGAGCGGGAGGAGAAUCAUAUGGCCAAAUCUGUAAGCAGAUCUUUCAGAAUUCAGUACGGGGAUGCUGAACUGGAGUCAAGGAAAUCACGGUUUUCUACUAAGGGUUGUGAGGACUUUGAGGGAAUAGAUAAUUCUGUCAAGGAUGAUGGUCUGCAUAUAAAACCACCUGGGAUCUGUCCUGCUCCAUCAUCAGAAAGCAAAGGUGCAAAACCAGGAGUGAAGAAAGACUCCAAAAUCACCUCUCAUUUCAUGAGGAUACCUAAAAUGGAAGAGAAAAGCAGGAAAGAUAAAUGUGAAUUCAGAUCUCAGCGAGCAGGAAGGAAGAUCCCUAAGUAUGUGCCACCACCUCUCCCAACUAAUAAGAAGUGGUUUGGGACGCCGAUUGAAGAGAUGAGGAGAAUGCCCAUGUGUGGGGCUCGUCUUCCACAUCUGAGACCCUCAGGCAAUCAUACAGUAACUGUCAGGGUAGACCUCCUGAGGGAAGGAGAGGUGCCUAAACCAUUUCCAACUCACUACAAAGAUUUGUGGGACAACAAACACGUUAAAAUGCCCUGCUCAGAACAAAAUCUGUAUCCUGUAGAGGAUGAGAAUGGAGAUAGAACUGCUGGAAGUAGAUGGGAGCUAAUCCAAACUGCCUUACUCAACAAAUUUACAUGCUCGCAUGAUUUGAAGGAGGCUAUUCUGAGAUACAAUGUUGCGUAUGCCAAGAAGUGGGACUUCACAGCUCUCACUGAUUUCUGUGACAAGGUUCUUGAAGAUGCAGAGGCCCAGCAUUUAUUUCAGUCAAUUCUUCCUGAUAUGGUCAAGCUGGCACUCUGUCUUCCUACCAUCUGCACACAGCCAAUACCUCUACUGAAACAGAAGAUGAAUCACUCCAUCACAAUGUCACAGGAACAGAUUGCUAGUUUUUUGGCCAAUGCUUUCUUCUGUACUUUUCCACGUCGCAAUGCGAAGAUGAAGUCUGAGUAUUCCAGUUAUCCAGACAUUAACUUCAACAGAUUGUUUGAAGGACGGUCACCAAGGAAGCCUGAGAAACUUAAGACCCUUUUCUGCUAUUUUAGAAGAGUCACAGAAAAAAAACCUACUGGACUGGUGACGUUUACAAGGCAGUGUCUCCAAGAAUUUCCAGACUGGGAAAGAUCUCAGAAAAAGCUGUCAAGAUUGCAUGUCACCUAUGAGGGCACUAUUGAAAGCAAUGGACAAGGCAUGCUACAGGUUGACUUUGCAAACCGUUUUGUUGGUGGUGGUGUCACCGGGGCAGGAUUGGUACAAGAAGAAAUUCGGUUUUUAAUCAACCCAGAGCUGAUUGUAUCAAGGCUCAUCACUGAAGUACUGGAUCACAACGAAUGUCUUAUCAUCACAGGUACUGAGCAGUACAGUGAGUAUACAGGUUAUGCAGAAACUUACCGGUGGGCAAGAAGCCAUGAAGAUAAGACCCCAAGGGAUGAGUGGCAGCGGCGCUACACUGAAAUUGUUGCCAUAGAUGCAUUUCACUUCAGACGUUUCCUUGAUCAGUUUGGUCCGGAGAAAAUCAGAAGAGAGCUCAACAAGGCCUACUGUGGCUUCUCUAGACCCAAUGUUCCACCGCAAAAUCUCUCUGCAAUAGCCACAGGAAACUGGGGAUGUGGUGCCUUUGGAGGAGAUUCCAGAUUAAAAGCCUUAAUACAGAUAUUGGCAGCUGCUGAGUCUGGACGUGAUAUUGUUUAUUUUACCUUUGGAGAUGUGGAGCUGAUGCGAGAUAUUUACAGUAUGCAUACUUUUCUCUGUGAGAAGAAUCAAACUGUUGGGGAUGUUUAUAGGCUGCUACUCAGAUACUACAAUGAAGAAUGCAGAACCUGUUCUACUUCAGGACCAGAAGUGAAGCUGUACUCUUUCAUAUAUAACACCAUUGAGUCCUAUGCAGAUUCUACAGAUGAUGAUGAAGAAAAAGGGUUGUGCUUUGAUGAUUAAGAUAAAUGUGUUUAAUUGGAAUAUUGUUCAACUCCUCCCACUCGUUUGAAUUGCUGAGUGGAAAGUAUGACUUGGGUAACUUAAUAUAUAUUGAUUGCAUUGGUAGUUAUCAAACAUCCAAAAAUCUACCUUUGAGAGGCAUGAUAGCUUGUUUGGUGGCUUCAUACAUGGAAACUUGUUCAUGUGUGUACAGAGAGGAUUUCUCUGGUAAAUCUGGUUUGCUUUACACCUUUGUUUAGCAGGAGGUUUUGUAAACACUUGUAUUUUGAUCAAGAUAUUGCUGAAAGAUUUCAGAAGGUUUCUCUGUAUCUAGACUUCUUGCUAAGCCUAGUGCUGGAGUACCUGCAGCCAUAUAACCCCCAGAAUGAGUUUAGAGAGAAACUUUGUAAUUACUGUUCUUAUUGACAGUUGUAACAAUUUGAUUACCUCCUUAAGACUGCUGUGGUACUUCCAUUGUUCUUAUCCAAAUUUUCCUACAUUUAGUUUAAAAUGUCCUGGUUUUGAUAUACUUUGUAAUAAAUGGCUAAAUGUGAAGAUUCUGGAGGAGCUAUAAUGCAUUUCAGAACUGCAUUAGCUUGGUCAAAUUAGAAAAAGUUAUCAUGAAGAAGAGUCUGAAGAACAGAUGGGUGGGAGAAUGAAGUAUGUGAUCAGAAUUAGAAGCAGAAGGAAACAUUCAUGUAUUAAACUUCUAAAACCAUCUUGUUGGUGCUAUCUGUUACAACACUGAACAAGGUCGUAAGCAUAUUAGUAUACAUGAAGUUCCUCAAGGAUCACUGUUGUUGAUAACUUCAUUUGAAUUAAGGUCUGCUGUAAUUUUGUUGAUAUUCUCAUAUCAGUUCUCCCUUAUUGCAGCAUGUGAGCAUUAGAUACCCGUGGGAAAACAAGUGGAAACCAGUUGCAUAUCAGUGGGAGGAAAGCCCAGGCUACAGAUAAGAACAUAAGGUUUUGUGAGGAAUUUGCACCUAUGUUGUCUUAGGCGUGGGAAUAAUAACAUUGGAGAGAGCUCGAAAGAUCUGUAAAAACUGUUUUUAAUGUCUCUGUGAAUACCAAAUUAUUGUUUCUGUAGUAUGUUAAUAUUUUACACAAAUCUACAGAUAAAUAGGUGAAAAAAACUUUCUAGGUCUACAUACAGGGUCGAUUCAAUGAAAUGUUUUCUGUUAGUAAUUAAACCCAAUUUAAGUUCAGGCCAACAUUGCUAAAUUUAAUCUCUUCUGUGUCAGAUCUGCCUGGUCAGUUAUAGCUGCUCUCUGAGCAAUACAAGUAACAACAGCAGGAAAUGUAGUGAGCUAUAGCUCUAGUAUCAACAAAUCCUUUUGGCUGGUGUCUGAUAAAACAUCUGCAAGCCUGAAACGUAACCUACUAAUGAAAUAGUGGAAGCUACUGAUAGUCUGGCUAGCAGUAAAGCACCCAUUGCUUGAGCUGCUCUGGUGGAAGAGCAGUAUCAAAUUGUUUGGGUCGCUUACAAAUGACUUCAGAGUGCUGCACCGUUGCAUCAGUGCUGCAGUGGGCCGCUAGGAAUUGUUGCUUCAAAUGUGACACACAGCAGCUUGGCUGAUUUUUGUCCUAUUAUUCCUGCCAGCUAUGGUUUUCUUCACACACAUCUGUGUCAAGGAAAAGUUUUACAAUAGAAUUUCAGGGUCCUCUUAGCGUUUGCAUCUUGUAUCCUCUCACUUUGCAGAAAUCUUUUCUCCUGCUCCUUGUGUUUUCCUGUUGGCUGAGAUGCUGGCAAUGACAGAACUUCUAGAUGCAGAGCUGAUGACAAAUGUACCUGAUUUAUUAAGAGCCGUGAGACAAAAUUGGUGCUACCUGCCACAUCUUCACUGUACUACUCAGGAUUUCUUAUAGAAAAGGUGAAAAGAAAUUGUUCCAACCAACUGGAAGAAAAUACAGCAAAAAGUUGUAGGUGGCCAGAUGUGAGUUCCCCUUUAUCGUAAAUACAUGCAUCUUUAGUAGUGCAAUAUUUAUUUUUGUUGUUGAGGGAAAAUGAUUCUUCUGUUAAUGAAAAAUGUACCAAGUAAGAUGGCAUAAAAUUUUAGUUUGGCUCUAGAAACAGAAAAAAAUAUAUAUUUAGUUUUGGAAAGGUUCUCUGAAGUUCAUAUAGUAGUGUAUUCAGUUACGUUUUGCAGUGUCAACUAUUUUAGGAAGUUCCUAGAUCUGUCAGCUUUAUUUUCACUAAUACUUGAGACCUUUCAAACAGGGGAAAGAACAGCUUCUGAGAUUGCUCUUUAGGAUAUGUUUCCCAUACAUUUUUUCCUGAAAUAUGACUACGUGGACAGGAGAAAAAGAAAACUUGUUUUCUGUUUAAUGUCAUCUGAGUAAGAAUGAUCUAUCCCAUGUUCUGCCUUGUGUCCCUGAACUCAUAAAGGGCAGCACUGUAAGAACUCUUGGAAUAUGACUUCGAUUGCAGGUGGGCUGGAGAUUACAUUUUUCUUGGUUUGUUUUGUUUUUCUGGACGAUAAAAAGCCAAGAGUUGAAGAGUUACCAAUGGUGUUAGAUUGCCAUGGCUUUGGAAUUCACUAAGUGUUGAAGUGCCCAGAGUGCUGCGUGGGGAAGGAGGAAUUUUGAGCCCAACGUGUACUCUGCACCUCACUUUUUCUGUCCAGCUACCACUCUCCAUUUAUAACCUACCUGAAGUGUUUUCUUUAGCUGGAGAUGUGUUUUGGUGCUCUGGACAUAGCAUGGAACAGAAGGCCCGAUGCUCUUCGCAGCCUAGCAAACUUCAUACUUCUAGAAACCUAGAAAUCUGUUUAUGGAGUAUUGCUCUUUUUUUUUAUUAUUAUUAUUGCUUUAAGGAUGUUUGUUAUAUGUUUUCAGAUAAAAAUAAACUUCCUACCAAAACUAUUGUUUUAUACUUGUUUUAGCAGCUAAACUGAAUGCUUAGUAUCAAAGAGGCAAUCAUAUAGAUUGCAGUGUUGCCUCCUAGUGAAGUUUGGUGUCAGAGUGCUGCUGUUUGUUCUACAGCUCUGGCACCUAAACUCCUUGGUUAUGAGGUGUUCUUCUGAGUACCCAUUUCUGUAUAUAUUAAUUUAUAAAUUGAUGAACUGUUCCUGACGUUCUUCUGAACUGCAGUUUAUGCAUCAUUAUAUUCUAUUGAUUUUUCUGGAUCUGUAUGCUAAUGUUUACAUGACUUUUGUAGGAAUACGAUUAAAAAAUUGAUUGAAGCAAGGUGGUUUACUUUGUCUUACAAUAUACUUCCCAGGACUGAGAGAUUCCAGUACAUCUGAAUGUACAUGGCCCAACAGGAGUUGUACUGUUGACUGCCAGUGCUGCCAUAGUAGUAAAUCUAAUAGUUCUCACAAUAUCAUAAUUUGUUCAUGCUGUAUAAUAGUGUAGCAGUUGAUUCAUUGUGCUUAGUAAUUAUAAAAGGAGGGAACUAUUGCAAAUUUGGGUUAGUCUUAAGAGAGCCUGAGGGCAAAUGAAACAUCAGCCCCUGAGAGCAACUCCCCAGUUAGAGACUCUUGGUGACCGCUCCGUCCUGUAGUUGCACCUUUUUGCAGUUGCUCCCUAUUUUCUGGCUUAUUUAUACUUCUUUUUAUCUUUUAAGAGUAAGUGCCAUAUGCAAAGUCACUGUGCAUUAGCCAAGUUAACGAGUGAAUUCAUUCACUGGGUUUACUGAAGGAGACUCUGGGGCAGGUGCAGUUGUACUCGUUAUGCUCACAUUUCAGUUUUCAAUAGCAAAGAAAAUGGAAAGGCUGAUCCACUGCUUGUUCCUGGUUUUAGAUUUAAUCUUGGGCGAAUGGCCAGAAUAACCAAUUGCCUCAUGGUGAUAUCAAGUGUUGGACAGCCUGGAGGUGGCAGCUCUGAUAGCGUGAUGACUGGAUAGAAAAGGGUUGAUGUGUGUUAUAAGCUGUAAGGACAGGGAUCCAGGAGAAGUAGUGUGUUUCUGACAAGAAUAAAAGCAUCCAGAAAGCCAUAGAAGUAGCAAGAUGCUGCAGCCAUCUCAAGAUUUUUAACUAAAAAUUGAGUGUUUAUGAUCUUGUUUUGUGCUAACAGUGUUUCAUGCUCAUUUAUCACUGCUUAAGUGAUUCUGACCUGGGAACCAUGUAGGAGGUAUCUGUCACUGAUAGCUCCAUUACAACAAUAUCAUCAAUUUCUGCUUAACUGAGCUGUCAAGCUGGGGUUAGAUUGCCUGGUUCUGGCAAGCAGCACUCAGAAUGCUGUUAAAGGAAGCUCUAGUAUGUUCUAAGUCUUCCUGAAAGUACUGUGGUACAGUGCUGUGAGGCUUAUGGAUGCACAGGAGACACAGACACCACGCUGUGUGUGCUGAGUAAGACAUACACUGCAGCAGCUUAAAGCUGACACAAACUGCUGGCAGUGCAGGUUGUUAAUGCAUGGUAGAGAUACUGCGUUAUUUUUGCCAGCUGACUUUGCUGGCUGCCUGGUGUCCACACAUCUCUGCGUUUACAGACAACUCUGUUCCAGAUUGCAUGUGGAAUGCUUCCAGUAGCUUACUUGCUUUAAACAAAAACUGCCUAAUCCUGGGCUGCUAGUUCUUUUGGUAAGCUGAACAGGCAGUAUCAAAAAUGGGAUAUGUGAUCCAUAUUUUCCUCUUCAGUAUCUGAGAGAACCAUUUUGGUAUUCCAAGUUUUCAGGGCAAUGGAAGAAAAUAAGGGGAUUUGUUGUGGUAAAAGUGUGUAUGGUUAUAUAAACAUUAUUUGAAAGCUCUAAUUCAAGCAAAAGAAGCUGAAGUUUAGUUCAGAAGACAGAUGGGAAACAGCAAACUCCUUUAGUGUCUCCUUAUGUAGUUGCUGUUUUAGUGGCUGAAUUUAGCUAAGGACUAAUGGUAUUAAUAGUGUUUUUGUCUAGAAGUAUGGUUGCAAAAUGACUUUUAUGUAAAUUAAAUUCACACAGAAAAACGUCAGAAGUGUAUGAGAAAGAAAAGCUCUGAAUUGUGGCUAGGUAUGCUUUGCAAUGGCUGUGGAGGGUCUGAGAACUCAGGCUGGAGAACCAUUAAAUGAGGCACUGUGUCAUGUCCAUUUUGAAGUUCAGUGGGGAAAGAAGUCUAAGCACUUAGCAUGGUCAUAAUGUUGCAACUUCAAAACUGAGAGUAAGAAAUAAGUGGAAAAAAUUCUCCAGGCUACAUUGUUCCAUCAGUUGGAUAUGGGUUUUGUUUUUGUGUGUUUGUGUGUGUGUAGCUGGAAUGCCAGAAAAUAGCUUUCUGAUGAAAUAUUCCUAUUCCCUUGCAUGUCUUCAGUACUAACAGUGUUCUCCUGUUAAUAAGUCAGAGUAGCUUCCUCCUCCUCUCUAUAAUCUUCAUCAUCUGGGCAGAGAGGAAUUGUGUAUAUAUAGGGAAUGCAGGAUGUUCCCUCUAGCGUGCAUUGGCUUUGCAGUACUAACAGUUGAAAUGCGAUACAAAGUUCUUCCCCUAUUGCAGGGAUUUUGCCUGCUCAGCUCAGAAAGGAAAUCCAUUUGUUGAAUCAGUCUGAUAUGCUGUUUUCCAAUGAGGUGUACCUGCAAAGGAACGCUGCAAGUUAAUUAUCUUGAACUCUGACUUAGCGUGGGUUAUCGCUAAAAAGAAUUAAACUUUGGAAGUUUAAUUUGGAACUUUACUUCCCUUUGGAAGCAAAGGAAGCUAAAUUCAACCUGUUAAUUUUGAGGAGCAUCCACUUAGGGUUUAGAUGUACUUUACCUAAUCUACUUCAGAGAUGCAUCAGAAAAACCUUCCUGCAUGUCUUUCUUAGUAAGGAGUUCACUUCUGUUUUGACGCACGCUGUGUCUUCAGCUGGAAGCUGAUGGAAGGUACUGAAUGCGUUUAUUUCUUCCACUCUGCAGAGCAACCAGAUACAAUAAAAAUACUGUAUAAAUCAAUGUUCAGUCAUGGCAAGAACUACAUUUUGCUCAGAUAUGAGAUUUACAUUUUCAAAAUUAAAGGGUAGGAAAACUGCUUUGAAAAGCUAAGUUUCACUACUGAAUAAUGACAAGAUUUUUUUAAUGUACUGGGAAUUGAUUGGAUCUGAACCAAAAUGUCAUAGAAAUAAAUUAAUAGUAAGUGCUUCA